AUGGCGGCCCAUUGUUUUUUUGAUGAAGAGAACAACCUGUACGAAGCAACUCAACUGAAAGUAACACUUGGAAAGCAUGACCGGCUUAAAACUAGUGACGAAGAGACGUCGCGACAGGAACUUUGGGUUCUUAAUCUAUUGGUCCACCCUGGCUACAACCAUAGUUCACAGCUGUUUGAAGACGACAUCGCUUUGCUCCUUGUGGGUGAAAACGAAAUCAAUAUUAAUGAUUAUGUUAGACUGAUUUGUCUUUGGAAUGACGACUACCAUCUGGACAAAAUUGUCAACAAAACAGGCAUUGUAGUUGGAUGGGGUUUCACUGCUGAGCACAAGCAGGCCACUAUUCUCCAAAAGGCAGAGCUUCCUGUGACGUCAUAUGAAAAUUGCUACAACAGCGGAAUGCGUUUCUAUCAAAAAUACAUGCACCCCACCGAAAACUUUUGCGCUGGUGUCCCCCAAGAACAAAGAAGUGCAUGCAUCGGAGACAGCGGCGGAGGAUUCUUUUUCUAUGACAAAUAUGUAGACAGAUAUUUUGUGCGGGGCGUUGUCAGUCUGUCAAAACUGAAAAACGUGAUUGAUGAUGACGGUUAUCUACUUAACUCAUGCAACCCAGCAGCAUAUGCACUCUACACAGAUGUCACCUCUUACAUGCAGUGGAUCGUUGACAACACGCCAGAUAUAAACAAAUAUUUCAUUUAAAUAUGCCUGACAAAU